UUGAACUCUCUCUCUCGGGGGCUAGGGUUAGGGUUUUAGCAGCGACAUUUCUGCAACUCUCUCCUUGGUUGGGUCUCCAACCUUCUCAAACAUGGCUUUCUGGGGAACUGAAGUGAAGCCUGGAAAGCCCUUCACUCAAAAAUUUGAUUAUUUUAAAGGAAGGCUUCAUGUUUCACUGGCAACAUUGGGGUUUGGUACGGCAACGAAGAAGAGCGUUCUUCAGUGUAAUGUGGGAAAUAAGAGUCCUGUCUAUCUAUGCUCAUUGUUUCCUGAGAAGACUGAGUGUUUGCAACUAAAUUUGGAAUAUGAAGAGGCUGAUGAAGUCAUUUUCUCUGUUCUCGGUCCUCGAAGCAUUCAUCUUUCUGGUUAUUUUCUAGGCAGUUAUCGGAAUAAUAAUGUAAAUGAUGAUACAGAAUCCUAUGGGGAAGAUAUUGCGAACACUGAAACACAGAGCUCUGAGUAUGCUGAUGAAGACAAGUAUGAGGAUAGUUUUAUCAAUGACGAGGAUCCAGAAGUUUUACCCCCUUCUCCAAUUUCAAAUGAAGAAGAUGAAUCUUUUGGCAAGAACAAAACCAGAAAAAAUACUCGCAGCCGUAGGCGGCUUAGAAAGAGCUACCAAAUGAGUGAAUCCGACGAUGACGAAAGUUCUCAACAGAAAAAUGUUGUAAAAGCUGGCACUCCUUUCUCAGAAUUGGAAAGUUUAGAUGAAGAUAACCAUCCCAUUUCCACCUUAUGCAAUAAUAAAACCAAGGGAGAGCACAAAGUUUUACAUGAAAGCAGUGAUAUGAAGACAGAGUUUGAUGGUGAUUCUGUUAUUGGAGUAAAUGGAACUACUGAUGGCACUAUUGAGGAUGGUCAGCUAACUGGCAAUGAAGCAGGAGAGCAAAAUAGAUUUUCUGUGUUUGCCACUGGGUCGUUCUCUGAAAAUGUUAAGAGACCAAUUAAGCUAGUGGAGGUAGAGGGGCAAACUUCUUCAGAUAAUAACAAUAAUGUUAAAGAGGUGAUACCUGUGCCAAAUGAUGCAACGGCAGAUGAGUUUGGCCAACAUCCAACAUUAAUCAAUGAACGGGAUUUAUCCAGAAGAGUUGAUGGUGAAUGUAAGAAGAAACGAAAAGGGGGUCGAUCUAAGAGAAAAUCUGUUGAAGCUGAUGGUAAUAGCUGUAGUUAUGCCACUUCAGGAGUUGAGAUCCAGCAAGAAGACUUGAAGAUGGAGCUGACCGUGAGCAGUGAGAAGCAAGAGACCAGCACUGGAGCUGAGCUACUUGAUAAUUUAUCAUUCCCUUCAGCUGAUGUGGGCCUUGAAGAUAGUGAGAGACCAAAAAAGAAAAAGAAGAGAGGGUCAGAACAGGGGAAAAUUAUUGAAAGUAUCGGUACAUGUGAUCUUAAGCCUGACAAGAUGGACCAAGAUUUGCAACCGACUUCUGAUCAGACUGAAAAUCAACCCAUUGCAAAGAAAAAAACAAAGAAGAAAAAGACCAAACCACUAGAGAAUGGGGAUUCUCUGAAGUCAGAUAUAUUGUCUCUCUCAUCAGUAGGUGAAAAGAAGCCGAACAAAGAAACUGAGGAUAAGGAAAGUAAUGGUACUUCCAACUCAUCUCAAGUUAGAAAAUUGCCUAGUGGCUUGGUUAUUGAAGAACUAGAAGCAGGGAAACCAAAUGGAAAACUUGCUACUUCAAAGAGAAAGGUUAGCGUGCUUUAUGUUGGUAAGUUGAAGGAGAGUGGUGAAAUAGUUGAUUCGACGGACGAUAAGACUCCCUACAAAUUCUGCUUGGGAAUUGGGCAAGUUAUAGAGGGUUGGGAUGCUGGUCUUGAUGGUAUGCGAGUCGGCGAGAAACGGAGACUUACCAUUCCGCCCUCAAUGGGAUAUGGGAAUGAAGGAGAUGGAGAAAACAUACCACCAGAUUCAUGGCUCGUGUACGAUGUCGAAUUGGUAAGAGUCCAUUAGUUCAUAACACAUCGCUUAUCGCAAAAUACAGGCGUGCUUUGUUUCUUAUUGAGGCAGUGAGAUACCAAAGCUAUGGUCAGCCAUUGUCGAAAUUUUGUAAUACUAUAUACAUAGCCAAGGGACUCUAUUUCCUUGUGUUGCUGUAGUUAGCUUUGUUCCUUGAGCUGAAUAUACGAAUAGAGAAACUAAUAGAGUUGGAAUUGGAAUGUCAAUAUCAAA